AUGAUCCAGGCACAUUUAUUUCUGUAUUCAGCACUGAUCAUAUUCAGCAUACCUGCCGAGGAAAUCUUUCAGCCAACUCUAGUGCUGGACAUGGCUAAAGUCCUUCUGGAUAACUACUGCUAUCCUGAAAACCUAGUGGGCAUGCAAGAAGCCAUUGAACAAGCAAUCAAGAGUGGGGAGAUCCUGGACAUAUCAGAUCCAAAAAUGCUGGCCAGUGUUUUGACAGCUGGUGUGCAGGGUGCUCUGAAUGACCCAAGACUGGUGAUUUCCUAUGAGCCAUCACCACAUGCAGAUCCCAGUCAAGAAGCUGAAGCUUCCCCCACUCGUGAGCAACUCCUUAGUCUUAUUGAGCAUGUGGUCAUGUAUGACAAGCUAGAGGGCAAUGUUGGAUACCUGAGGAUUGAUUAUAUCAUAGGACAGGAAGUUGUGCAGAAAGUUGGAGCUUUUCUGGUGGACAAGGUGUGGAAGACACUGAUAGAGACAUCUGCCUUGGUGAUAGAUCUUCGUCACAGCACCGGGGGACAGAUUUCUGGCCUCCCCUUCAUCAUUUCGUACUUGCAUGAAGCAGACAAGAUGCUACAUGUUGAGACUGUAUACAAUCGGCCCUCCAACACCACCACAGAGAUAUGGACACUUCCAAAGGUUUUGGGAGAGAGGUACAGCAAAGACAAGGAUGUCAUUGUUUUGAUCAGCCACCACACCACAGGAGUGGCUGAAGAUGUGGCUUACAUUCUCAAGCACAUGAACAGGGCUAUCACUGUUGGGGAGAAGACAGCUGGGGGCUCACUGGACAUCCAGAAGCUGCGUAUUGGCCCCUCCAAUUUCUACAUAAUGGUUCCUGUGUCACGAUCUGUGAGCCCCUUGAGUAGGGGCGGACAGAGCUGGGAGGUGAGUGGGGUGAUGCCAUGUGUGGCUACUGAGGCAGAGCAAGCCUUACAGAAAUCCCUGGACAUCCUGGCAGUACGCAGAGCAGUGCCUGGCACCCUAAGCCACCUCACAAACAUACUAAAUGACUAUUACAGCUUAGUGGACCGAGUGCCAGCGCUGCUGCAGCACCUCAGCACCUCUGACUUCUCUUCUGUGCAGUCAGCAGAGGACCUGGCCACCAAGCUCAACUCUGAGAUGCAGACCUUAUCUGAAGACCCCCGCCUGUUGGUCCGAGUCUUGAUGCCAGGUGAAGCUGCUGUCCCCCCUGCUGAGAAGCCAAUUGCACUGGCAGCCAACUUACCUGACAAUGAGCAACUGCUGCAUGCCUUAGUGGAUACUGUCUUCAAGGUGUCAGUGUUGCCAGGCAAUGUUGGCUACAUGCGCUUUGAUGAGUUUGCAGAUGCCUCUGUGCUUGCUAAGCUGGGACCUUACAUUGUCCACAAAGUGUGGGAGCCCCUCCAAAAUACAGAAAACUUGAUCAUGGACCUACGUUACAACCCAGGGGGCCCUUCCUCCUCUGCUGUGCCUGUGCUACUCUCCUAUUUCCAAGAUCCUGCUGCUGGUCCUGUCCAUCUCUUCACAACCUAUGACAGGCGCACCAACCACACACAGGAGCACAACAGUCAGGCAGAACUUCUGGGCCAGCCCUAUGGGGCUCAGCGUGGCAUCUACCUGCUCACCAGCCGCCACACUGCUACAGCUGCUGAGGAGUUUGCUUACCUCAUGCAGUCCUUGGGCCGUGCCACACUGAUUGGUGAGAUCACAGCAGGAAGCCUCUCACACACCCGUACCUUCCCUCUUCUGCAGCCUGAGCAGGGAAUAACCUGUGGCCUGACUAUCACAGUUCCUGUCAUUACCUUCAUUGACAACCAUGGCGAAAGCUGGAUGGGUGGAGGAGUUGUGCCUGAUGCCAUAGUGUUGGCUGAGGAUGCACUGGAGAAGGCUGUAGAGGUGCUAGCUUUCCACAAGAAUAUGCGAGUACUUUUGGAAAGUACCGGACAACUCCUAGAGGCUCACUAUGCCAUCCCAGAAGUGGCUGGUAAGGCCAGUGAUAUGCUGAGCACUAAACAAGCCCAAGGAGGUUAUCGAUCAGCUGUAGACUUUGAGACAUUGGCUUCCCAGCUUACCAGUGACUUGCAGGAGGCCUCAGGGGACCAUCGGCUUCAUGUCUUCCACAGCCAUGUGGAACCAACACCAGAAGAGCAGCUUCCCAGCAUGAGUCCCAGCCCUGAGGAGCUGAGCUACAUCAUUGAGGCACUCUUCAAAAUUGAGGUAUUGCCAGGCAACCUGGGCUACCUUCGCUUUGAUAUGAUGGCUGAGGCAGAAACAGUGAAGGCCAUUGGGCCCCAGCUGUUGCAAAUGGUGUGGAACAAGCUGGUGGACACAGAUGCCAUGAUUAUUGACAUGAGGUACAACACAGGUGGUUAUUCCACUGCCAUUCCAAUACUUUGUUCCUACUUCUUUGAGUCUGAGCCUCAGCAACACCUCUACACCAUCUUUGAUCGUAGUACCUCACACAGCACAGAGGUAUGGACUCUCCCACAAGUCACAGGCAAGAGGUAUGGCUCUCUCAAGGACAUCUACAUCCUAACAAGCCAUAUGAGUGGGUCAGCAGCUGAAGCUUUCACUCGCUCUAUGAAGGAUCUAUACCGCGCCACAGUUAUUGGUGAGCCUACAGUAGGUGGUUCUCUCUCAGUGGGCAUUUAUCGUGUUGGUAACAGUUCCCUAUAUGCCUCCAUCCCCAGCCAAGUAGUGCUCAGCCCAGUCACCGGCAAAGUGUGGAGUGUGUCUGGGGUGGAGCCACAUAUCACCGUCCAGGCCAAUGAAGCUGUGUCUGUAGCUCAGCAAAUUGCCAGUCUGCGUGCCCAGGUGCCACAGACAUUGCAAACUGUAGGCAAGCUUGUAGCAGAUAAUUAUGCCUUUGUGAAUGCUGGGGCUGUUAUAGCAUUAAACCUCACCAAGAACAUCAACAAAGACAGCUUUAGAAGGGUUAAUACAGAAGAGGAGCUGGCCAGGAAGGUGACUGCCAACUUGCAAGCGCUUUCCGAUGAUGAGCACCUGAAAUUACUCUACAUCCCUCAACAUGCCAAGGACAGCACCCCAGGGAUCACACCAAAACAGAUCCCUUCCCCGGAAGUAUUUGAAGAUCUGAUUAAAUUUUCAUUCCACACAAAUGUAUUUGAAAACAACAUCGGCUAUCUGAGAUUUGAUAUGUUUGGAGACUGUGAACUUCUAACCCAGGUGUCCGACCUACUGGUAGAGCAUGUUUGGAAGAAAAUUGUUCACACAGAUGCAUUAAUCAUAGACAUGAGGUACAAUGUUGGAGGCUCCACCACUUCCAUAGCAAUCCUAUGCUCAUACUUCUUUGAUGAAGGACAUAAAAUUCUCUUGGACAAAGUUUAUGACAGACCCACUGACUCAGUAAAGGAAAUAUGGACUGAGCCACAGCUGAAAGGAGAGAGGUAUGGCUCUCAGAAGGGACUAAUAAUCCUUACCAGUGCUGUGACAGCUGGGGCUGCUGAAGAGUUUGUAUACAUAAUGAAGAGACUGGGCAGAGCUCUCAUCAUUGGGGAACAGACCAGCGGUGGCUGCCAUUCUCCACAGACGUAUCAAGUAAAUGAUACGAACUUCUACAUCAUCAUCCCCACCUCCAGAUCAAUCACCUCUGCAGAGAGCACUUCUUGGGAAGGGAAAGGGGUCCUUCCUCACAUGGAAACACCAGCUGAAACAGCACUCAUUAAAGCAAAGGAGAUGCUCAGUGCUCACCUGCACAGCUCUAGAUAGCCCAGUAAGGGAACAUGCCCCUAGUUCUUAGGCAACUUAUGCUACACACACACACACACCCCAAAUGUAGACACUAGAAAGAAGUGGGAACUUAAUUUCAAUCUGUAUGGUCAGUGAUUGGUUCCCUGUAUGCAGCUCAAAGUGACUCUCUUUCAACACACUGACUUUCUUACCCCAUUCUGUGGAACCCAGUUCUCUCUGUGCAUGGUUGAGAUACUUGGAUAAUGCACUAGGUUUUGCGGAUUCCUUUUCUGGUCAUAUAGAAAUUUUCAUUGUUGCAGUGUCUGUUUUUUAAAUUUACAUCCAACUCACUGAAGGCAUGUAAGCCAUCUCAAAGCAUUUUUUGCAAAUAAUAGUAAAGGCACCUCUGCUCCUUGGAAGUUGCGUACAAUUCCUAUUUAUACAUAUUAAAGAAGAAUUAACAUUAGUUGGUAGAGUCUGUUUUCCAAACUUGAACAGCUAAAUUAAUCUCUUCACCAUUUUAUCAUCCAGAUGUACCAAAAAUAGCCACAGUAUUUCAAAGUUGCCCAGACUCCUGGUAUUUCUAGGUACGUGGCUGCUUCUCCCCUACUGUCUGGCAGAGGGAGGGGGAAUGAGCAAGAGAAGGGCAAAACAUUGACUCUUUCACCUAGUGCCCAGAUCAACAGACUCAUGAAAAAACAUCGUAUUUUUUUACUUAAGACUAAAAGCAGACUGCUGUAUGUCCUGCCACAAAGACAGAAAGCAGAGAAAUAUCCUUUGCACUCUGCUAGCAAACUACUUAUUAGGUAAUGGUGUAUUCCAGGGCAACUAACAGAAUACUGACAUGAGCUUAAUUAAUGCACAACAUUAGUUGUCUUUCUUACAAUUCUUAUCUAAUUAUCUGUCUUUAAUUGUUUAAUAAAUAAAUAAAUCAUAAUUAUUUAGCAAUACAUGUAACUGUAAUCUAGAUCUCAAAAUUUCUCAUCUCUGUAAAAUUCCAGCUGUAAAGUAAUUAAGUUAGGAAAAUAUUCCCCCAAAAUUUAGUCACUUAAGGUCUGAGUAGCUACACAUUGAUGUUUCCUUGGUCAUUUGUAAGUUAUUGCAGAGUUGGGUUUGUUUUUAUAAAUCAUGUUCAAACGUCUAACUGCAGAGAAUCUCUUUCAGUAUUUAAAGGAAAAUAAUUUAAACAAAAUAAACUUUCCAUUUUUUUACUACUUGUUUGUCUUAUCAACUACACUCAGUGAGAUCACUGACCUGGACUCUUGAGCUAUUUUUGUGUUCUGAUUUUUAUGCACUAGCUAGUUGCUGAACUUCUCAGUGUUGUGGAAAAUAUUUCAAUUAACUAAAACUCAUACAGAAUUUUGUGUGAAGUGAUAUAUGUAUGAAGUAUGUUAAAGAGUCUUAAUAUGGAAAAGA